AUGGCAUUGGGAUAUGCGAGCAUUAAUAACAAAAAUAAUAAAGAGGAAAUUUAUAUUUAUGACGGAUGGUCUGAUGGUCUUGGUCUUUCCAAUAAGCUAUAUAUUUUAAAUACUAUAAAUUUAUCAUGGAUAGAAGGUCCAGAUUCGUUGUGGGUCAAUCAAGGGAUUCAACUUAAAAAUCGAACUUACCAUUCAGCAGUAUUAAUUUUGAAUACUGGCUUUCAACCUUACAAGUGGUCAGUACCAAAACUUCUUGCACCUAAUAGUCAGCCGUCAUCAUUAUAUGGUCAUUCUGCUGACAUAGUUGGGAAUUAUAUGAUUAUAGCAUUUGAUUUUCAACCCGAAAGAAAUAUUGUUACUAAAACCGUAACAACAAUUUCUGCAGCAUCAACAACAAAUAUAGUAACAACAACAGUAAUUUCAAUAAUUACUGUGGUUCCUGAACCUUCUGAACCACCUGAAAAAUAUUUUAUAACAAAAGGAUGGGAAAUCGCUGAUGAUUCUAUCAUGCGUCCCUGUGAAGCAGAUAGAUGGGAUACUUGUUUUGAGGACGGUAAAGAAAAUUGGGAAGAUCAAAGUUUAUAG